GAAUCAAAACAAUGGCUGACUGGAGCUAGCUAACGUUACGUUAAAAAAACAAAACAUGAAUGCUAGUUUCAACUGUAGAUAAGCAGGUGUGCAUUAUUUUUUAAAGACGAUAUCAGUGUUAUGCGCAAAUGAUUCACUAGGUGUACUUUACGAGCAAGAAGCUAGCUGUUUGCGGCCUGCUUUGAGCGUCGCCAUGAGUGAUGUUGUCGAGAAGACUCUGUCUGCUCUCCCGAGCCUCCUUUCGCUAGACUCGCAGGCAGGAGCUGGGAAACUUUCUCCCUCCUCCAAAUUAGGGAAUCUGAUCAAAGGAAUCACCGAAUUGACAUCCAAACAUGAGGAGGAAAAACUUAUUAAAAAGGAACUGGAGUCAAUCAAGGAGCAGGUAGCGUCUCCCAACACCACCAUGCGUCAGAUGAAGGAAAUAAUGGUGAGAGCCAUCUACUGUGAGAUGCUGGGUUACCAGGCGUCCUUCAGUUACAUUCACGCCAUCAAGCUGGCCCAGCAGGGCAGUGUCCUGGAGAAGAGAGUGGGUUACCUCGCUGUAUCCUUGUUCCUUAAUGAAACCGAUGAGUUUCUGCUACUCCUGGUGAACACAGUCCUAAAGGAUCUGCAGAGUACCAACCUGAUCGAGGUGUGCAUGGCUCUAACUGUCGUCAGUCAGAUGUUUCCCAAAGAUAUGAUACCUACCAUUCUGCCAGUGGUGGAGGAGAAACUUACGCAUCCAAAGGAGAUCAUCCGGAGGAAAGCAGUCCUGGCUCUGUACAAGUUCUACCUGAUCGCACCUAACCAGGUGCAACAUAUCCACAGCAAGUUUAGGAAGGCCCUGUGUGACAAAGACCCCGGAGUCAUGACAGCCUCUCUACACAUCUACCGACAGCUCAUCAAGGAGAACCCAGAGAGUUAUAAGGAUCUGACCGGGAGCAUGGUGACCAUCCUGAGGCAGGUGGUUGGAGGUAAACUCCCCCUGGACUUCAACUACCACAGUGUUCCUGCUCCCUGGCUUCAGAUACAGCUGCUCAGGAUACUGGCCUCUGGGAAGGAAGACCAGGGCACUAGUGAGAUGAUGUAUGAUGUACUGGAGGAGUCGUUAAGAAGAGCAGAGAUGAAUCACAACAUUACUUACGCCAUUUUAUUUGAGUGUGUGAAGACCAUCUAUACAGUUCAUCCAAAGUCACAACUGUUGGAGAAAGCAGCAGAAUGUAUCGGGAACUUUGUCCUAUCGCCUAAGAUCAACCUCAAAUAUCUGGGUCUGAAGGCUCUGACGUACGUGGUGCAGCAGGAUGCUAACCUGGCCCUGCCUCACCAGAUGACCAUCAUAGAGUGUCUGGACCACUCUGACGUCAUCAUUAAGCGCGAGACACUAGAGUUACUCUUCCGGAUCACCAAUGCCCAGAACGUUACAGUGAUCGUCGAGAAGAUGCUUGAGUUCCUCAGGCUGACCAGUGACGACUACAGCACUAUAGACCUCGUGGGGAAAGUAGCAGAACUAGCUGAAAAGUAUGCCCCAGACAACGUCUGGUUCAUCCAGACUAUGACCUCUGUGUUCUCUCUGGGGGGAGACGUGAUGCAGCCUGACAUCCCUAACAACUUCCUGAGACUACUGGCUGAAGGUGUUGAUAAUGUGGAGGACAGGCAGCUGAGGCUAUUUGCUGUGGACUCCUACGUGUCCUUACUACAGGGGGAGACGGCCAAGCUGCCCCAACGCUUCCUACAGGUCAUCAGCUGGGUGCUGGGUGAGUAUUCCUACCUGAGAGAGGAGGAAUCUGACCCGGGCAGUGUGAUGAGACUGCUGGCCAGACUACUGGACCAGAGACACACCUCCACUGAGACCAGGAGCUGGGUACUGGGGGCCAUGACCAAGCUGUGCUCCAGCCCAGUGUCUGUGGCCCUGGCCAGGGAUGUGUGUGAGAGGUACUCUGGGUCCCUGAAUACGGUGCUCCGGCAAAAGGCCCAGGAACUGAUGAUCCUUAGCCAGGAUACAAAGCUCCGAGCCAGGGUACUGCCAGCCGACGGCAGGCUAGAAAGCCUGGAGGUAGACUCGUCCCUGUCCUUCCUGGAUGGCUAUGUGUCUGAGGCGUUGGCUGCUGGGGCAGCUCCUUACAAAUCUCCUCAUCAGAGGCAGGAGGACCUGGUCCAGGAGAAAGCUCUGAGCCUGGAGCCCUAUGGUCUGUCCCUGCCGGUCAGUCUGUCGUCCUGCAGCAUCACAGACAGACGGUCUCCUACUCUGCUCUCCAUGAGCUCAGGCCUGUCUGGAAACAGCACUGAGCUAUCUCACCAAGAAGGCUCUACCACUCUGAAGUUGGAGGGGGUGAAGAGGGUGUGGGGAAAGGAUGGGUACCUGGCCCAGCAGCAGAGUGCAGGUGAGACCCCAACCCUAGUGGAGCUGCCCAGUCCCCUGCUGUCCCCUCAGAGCCCACCCUCCCAGACACAGAAACCCUCCUCUGGACUUGAGCCUGACCAGGAGAAACGGCAGCUGGCCUCGUCGCUCUUUGUUGGCCUGGGGUCCCACAACUCUGUGUGUCUGAUGGGCCGAGCCGAGACGGCGCCCCGACACUUCAGAAGGAAACCCAGGGGGGAGUCAUCAUCAGGCGCCAGCGAAGGCUCCUCUGACUCCUCCCACUCGUCUCGCAGCGCUGCCGUUGACAACCUUCUGCUUAGCAACCUACUGGACUCGACCACUGUGGCCUCAGAGAGGGGUGCUGCUACCACCACCACACCUCAACAGACCUCCCAGAGAACACUGGACCAUACCACUAGCAACGGUAACCCCCAUGUAGAGGGGACGGAGCAGAGAGUAAAGGCAGGAGGACCUCUCUCUCUGAUCAGGGGAAAUGGCAUGGUGGCUGUUGUACCGCCCACACACACACAGACAGACCCACAAACACAACAAGAUCUACACCCAGCUCCAGCACUAGAGAGACCCAGCGACCUCCCUCUCACCUCCCACCUGCCAGCAGAGCUCUCUGGGCUGGCCCGCUCUGAGUUCACCCCCCUCUGCUCGGACCAGGACUCCAGCCUGGCUCUGUCAGCCUGUAGAGUGUAUAAAGAGGAUGCCUUAGUGUUGCUGGUCUUCAUAUCCAACAACAAUGACUCAGCGCUCCACCAGAUGGCGCUGCAGCUCACCUGCAAAGAACUGGAGAUGUCCUGUAUCUCAGGUAGUCCGUUAAAGGAGGUUAAGGGUCACAGUGUGUCGGUUUGUCUGCACACUGUUGUCAUGAAGAGAGCCUCAGUCCAGGUGGAGCUGGCUGGGUUACUGUCCUACCAGAGACCCCUGGGCCAGCACCAGGCAGCACAGUUCUCACUGAGCCUCUCUCUGAAACACUUCCUCAGGCCUUUGACUGUGUCCACAGGGGAUUAUGGGAAAAUGUGGUUGUCUUUCUCUCAUGACUUGAAGCAGAACCUUCGACUGGUAACAACAGAACACCGAGAACCUCUGACGGCCACACUGGACGUGCUGAAGGGCAAACUACACCUCCACGUUGUCGACAUCAUAGGGUCGGAGGGCAUCGUGGCGUGCCGGCUGCUUCAGGGUCCAGGUCAGGGUCAGCCAUGUCUGCUUCACUGUCGUGUCCACGCUGACUCGCUGGCCGUGUGGCUGCGCUCCCCUGUCCCUGAGCUGCCGGACUCCCUCCUCUACCACUGUCAGAAAGCCCUGACGGAGACCUGAGCCGGGCCGUGUCUCAUUCCAGGAAGUUGUUCCCUUCAUUCACCUCACUGAUAAUUUCUAUUAAAGUUAUAUGGCAGCGACUAAGGAUGCGCUUCGACAGGCAGCCCAAUUCUGAUUAAAAAAAAUCACUAAUCGGUCUAAUCCAAUCAGCUCUGAAGAUCUGAUGUGAUUGGUCAAAAGACCAAUUAGUGGAGAGAGAAAAAAAAAUGAGAGAAUUGGACUGCGUGUCUUUUUGGUUUACACCUGACCAGUUGUUUGUCUCAUCGGUAAAGGAGAGUCGACAAGGACGAAGGCGAGGAAACCACUUUAUGGAAUGAAGUGCAGCCCUGCGCUCACAGGCCCCAAGCACCAACACUGAGGGGAUUCUAUCACACAGAGACAUACAGUGGAAAGCAGCUGAUGUUAUGUGUCCUUGUCUUUGCAGUACAGUGUUUGCUAUAUAUUUUUCUCAACAGUGAUUUCACGCGGUUUUAUUUUUUAUGCUCAUGUAAUUAAUGCGUUUUUAACGGGAACAUCUAAUUGUUCUUAUCGCUUUCACAUAGCUCUUUGUGAAAACGUGAGCUGUGAACCUCAGAAGGAACGAGAAGGAAAGCGUGCUCUGUAUGAGACACCCUCUAGAAAUAAACAAAUACUUUAUUAAAUGAGGAGUUCAGUGGUCUCUCAGUUCUACCAGCUUUGACUUGACUUAAUAAGCUUCACUAUCUGUGUGAGAAGGAAGCCCAGGAAGUCUAGAAGUCAUUGGCUUCUUGGCCAUGUUUCCCAUUUGAUCUUUUACCUGAUCUUUGGUCUUAUUGGUCUCCUUGACUGUUUCCCUCUCUCCCUCCUCUCUUCCCUCUCUCCCUCUCUAUUCCUCCUCUCGCUCUCCCUCUCUCCCUCCUGUCUUCAUCCUCUCUCCCUCUCUUCCUCCUUUCUCCCUGCUCUCUUCCUCUUUCUCCCUCCUCUCUUCCUCCUUUCUCCCUCCUCUCCCUCUCUUUCUCCUCUUGCUCUCUCCCUCUUUCUCCUCUCGCUCUCUCCUGCUCUCUUCCUCCUCUUGCUCUCUUCCUCCUUUCUCUCCCUCUUUCUCCUCUCGCUCUCUCCUGCUCUCUUCCUCCUCUCGCUCUCUUCCUCCUCUCUCCCUCUCUUUCUCCUCUCUCCCCCUCUCUUGUAGCAUUGACACGAGUUGAGCUACUGUUGAAUGGUCAGAAAAGCUUAAGUAGUUAAUUACAUUAUCAAUAUUCAGAAAGGUAUUCUCAAGGCAGAAAUGUUUCAGUUCAACAGUACAUGUUAUACUGAACUGUCAUUGUCCUGCAUGUUACGUUCUCCAGACGCUGCAUCUAAUCAUUCAUGAUCUACUAACAGUAUGCAUUUGAUUGAUUUCCAAUACACAGGCAAGAGCUGAAACCCAGGAGUCAUCGAUGAUUAUAUUUUUAUAACAAUGCUGCAUUUCAAACUUAUUUAUUAGAUAUUCUUAUAGAAUAUAUUUGAUUGUCUUGUAAAAUACAAGAUGAUAAAAUAGCUUUAAGUCAAAACAUCUUUGCGUCAUGUGUUCCCCUCAGAUAUCAGUUAGUUAGUCUAACGUUAAUCUAUUCCACGACACACGUCCUCCUCAUGCUUGCUGUGCGCCGUAGCCAGGGGACAAAGUUCAUCUGUUAGUUUUCAAUGAUAUUUAAUGUGUGUUCAGAUGCAAAUCAUUUUUUGCCUUUUCGUUUUGUAAAAGCUUGAGUCCUAAAAGUGGAUACAUUUUCUGUAUGGAACUGAAGAAUUGUAUGUAACUUGAAUGCUAACACAAAGAUAACCAACCAAAACACCUUAUGUUCUGAUGCCAAGGAGACAUGUUCAUUUUGUGCCUGUAGUACAAAGAGACCAGUGUACUUUAGUGCCUGUCUGCAGUUCUGCUUACUUCAGUUAAUAAACCUGACAUUUAACCUUUUACUCGUCUAUUUAGGUAAUCAUUCAUUACUUUGAACAUGCAACACCAGUAACCAUGUGAAAAGAGGUUUAAGAUUCAAGACUUGUAUAAAGAAUUGUUUGUAUCGUGUGCAUAACUACUGUAACCAUUUACUCAAUAAAAUAAGAAUUGUGUAUAAAUAUCUUUGUAAAAACUAGAAAUUGUAAGUGUACAAUAAAACGAGUGUGUAUG